AUGACUCCGGCGACAAGCAAAACCGGGCGAGCACGGCUGGAUGCCGGGAAGCCGACUGUCCUCCAAGUGGACAAUAAGUCGGCAAUCACAGUCGCCGAGGGCAUGGGGUUGACGGGCAACCUCAAGAACAACGACAACAACGACGACAGCAAUGACAGUAAUAAUGGCUAUUACCAUGACGCCGAUGAUGACGAUGAUAACAACAACAUCAUCAACAGCAAUAACAACAUCAACGACGACGACGACGACGACAACAAUGGCAACAAUGACAAUAACAACAACAACAAUUGA